AUGAACUACAGAGUUGCAACAUCACCACUUGAUAUUACUGAAAAACUUAAAGCCACAAAUGGGGAGUUGUUAUCAGAUCCCACUCAUUAUAGAAAGCUAGUUGGGAAACUUAAUUUCCUCACAAAUACAAGGAUGGAUAUAGCUUUUAGUGUUCAACAUCUUAGCCAGUUUAUGCAAUCUCCUAGAGAACCACACAUGAAGGCUGCUUAUCAUGUCCUUAGAUAUAUGAUGCAAGAUCCUACUUUGGGAAUUUUCAUCUCAAACAAGUCUGACCUUACUGUUACUGCUUACUGUGAUUCAGAUUGGGCAGCUUGUUCUGAUUCAAGGAGGUCAGUUAGUGGGUAUUUGGUUCUUAUGGGAGACAGUCAUGUUAGUUGGAAGUCCAAAAAGCAAGCUACAGUGUCACUAUCAUCUGCAGAAGCAGAAUACAGGGCUGUGAGACAAGUAGUAGGAGAACUAGUGUAG